AUGGGUUCGCAGUUGCAGAGCUCCUCAGAAAUGCUGUCAAGGGAACAGUUGCUUCAUCUCUUCGAUCGAUUCUCUUUCCUCACCUCUCAGCUCGAUGUGAAGAAAAGAAUCGCUGAUGGUGUUGAGGACAAACAGGAAGCUGUUGCCAUAACCACUGCCAUCCAGGAAGAGAUAUUUCUGGAGAUGGGGAUUGAUCCAAGGUUUGGCAUAUCAUCCCUGGGAAAGGUGAAUGAAAAAUAUGAGAAUGAUCAGGAUAUGAUGAUCCGCUUUUAUAAGUUCAUUGCAAGGGAGGAGAUGGCCUGUGAUGAAGCUGAGCUUGGAGCAGAUGAAUUUGCGGAAAGGAUGCAUAGUCAAGAAAAAUUACAGGAGCAGCAACUUGAGAUGCUAAAGCACAUGCGCAAAUUUCCCCUGGAUGAUCAAUCUGCAAUCCUUGAGAAGCUGCGUCAGCAGAUGGAAAAUGCCGAUUUUGACGGUGCUGCAUCAGUUUUGUCUUCAGAGCAGAUUCAAGAGAUUGUUCGGAGGAGGGUGUCUCCUUUAUUUAAGCCAAGGUAG